AUGGAGGCUUUCCAUAGGAAUUUAACGGCAAGAGUUCCUGGACCCUGCACAUGUGUCCAUGUCUCGAGAAGAAGACCAAAUGAGUUCCACGAUAUGACUACAUGCCCAUGGACAAACAUACUUGAAGCUUAUCACCAUAGAAACAAACCAAACUGGAAACAAAGUGAUCCAGCCAAAUGGAUGGACCCAGCUCUUGGUCCGUGGGAAAUGGCCAAACUCUUCCUUCCUGAUCUAGGUGGAAAUGCUGAUAUCAAGAAUGCCAACGACAUGGACGUUACCGGUAUCUUAAACCUAAUGCACUGGUGUAAUCACUUCACCAUUCCUCUUGCUUUGAUUAAAGAUGUCCGCGACAUUCGAAACGACAAAUGGGUGCAUGUGCCGAAGCUUGAGUUGCCGGACGUAGAAAAGCCUGUCGCAUUUGACUCUAUUGAAAACCUACUGAAAAGUCCUCAACUAGUCCCAGAUCCAGACGCACAGAAAGCACUAAGAGAAAUUAAAGUUCUUAAAAACGCCUCGGACUUGCAUGGCUGUGAAGUUCAAGUCGUAUCCGAGCUCAUCGAAGUGCUUAACAAUGAGAUUUUUCACCUUGCUGAACAGCUUACUCAACAUUCUCAAACAAGCCAAACGGAGUUACACCAACUGAAACAACUAGUGUUAGUUUUGGAAAACAGAUUCGAAAACCUUGAGCGAAAGAGAGGUUUAUUGUCACUUUCUCGAGUGAAGCUUGAAGAUUUGGAAAGCUUUCACAACAAGUUUGUUAGAAAUCUCAAAGGGAUCAGAAAAGAAAUUUUAGUAAUGUAUUUGUUAAUGGCUCUUUGUUGUACUUACUUUGUCAAACUGGAUGAUGAAACUUUCUUCAGAAACGAAUGCCCCUCGGAAGAUCUUCUUGUCCAAUUUGACACAAAAGAAUUUGAUUGGUUAGACUACUUACACAGUGCAAAAGAAAAGUUUAUUGGCCGUACUUGGCUAUUUCGUGACUUGGAAACUGUAUUCAACUGUACUGUCCAUGAUAAUGAUUUAUAUGGAGUCCUGAUCAUCGGAGAUCCUGGAAGUGGAAAAUCUGCUCUGUCUGCCCAAUUGGUUUGCUCCCGAAGUUCAAGUCGUAUAAUUCAUACCCGUAUUUUAGGGUACCACUUGUGUAAACACUCCGAUAAGAAUACGCAGAUAGCAGGAAAAUUUGUUCGUAACUUAGCAGACAUGGUAGCACGGAGAAUCCCUGAAUAUGGUUACAUUGUCGCCAAUAGCUCUUACAUUCUGAGUUCGCUAAAAACUGACUGUGUAACCAUUGAAGAUCCUUUAGGUUGUUUUGAGCAAGCCGUUUUGUCACCGUUGAAACGACUGAAGAAUGUUCCUAAAGAGAACUGGUAUGUUGUCAUUGAUGGUCUAGAUGAAUGCCUCACACAAACAGAAUUGAGGCAGAGUAUUGUCCAUUUGCUCAACCUUAAACUUCCUAAUUUUCCACCUUGGCUGAAGCUUGUAAUGACCUCUCGCAAGGACUCAAGCAUUUCCGUGAAUUCACGCCGCAUAAAAAAGUUCACCAUUGACCCUGAAGAUCCUCGUAACAUUGCCGACAUCGAAAUGUUUUUAUUUACAGCAUUUUAUAAGGACGAUUUUUUCCUUCAAGGCGGUGACGCUGACUUAAAGGACUCUAGCAUAGCAGACACUGAGAAGUGGAUUUCUAUUUUGUUACGCAAAAGUCAGGGAAAUUUUUUGUUUGUGAAGGAAAUGAUCAGGUAUUGGGAUCCAAAAAGUUUUCCAAAUGCACUUCCCGAAAAUAUGGAGGAAUGGUAUCACAAUUUCUUCCAAAGAAUGUACGACAGAAAGGAACAGUUCAGACCUGUACGAAGGGUGUUGGAAUUACUUGUGGCAACGUUUCAGCCACUGACACGGCGACAAGUUUUUGAUGCUCUUGAAAUGAAGGAAGCAGACCUGGAACAGGAGUAUGAUUUUCAAAACAUACUGAACGAGCUUGGACAUUUUCUAAGAUACGGAGUGGAUGACACAAUAACACUGUAUCAUUUAUCUCUGGGCGAGUGGCUCACAAGUGAUAAAAACAAAAAUGGGCUAUUUUACGUAAGCAAGAUGAGGGGGCACGAAAGACUUUGCGAUUUCUUCUUUAAAAUAAUUUCCGAGGGAGGAGAGGCCGCGCUUUCGAAGUACAGUUUCACUUUGGCACAACACAUUGCUUACGGCGGUACGAAGGAGGCAUACGUGAAGAACUUUUUCACUUUUCCUUCUCAGUUGAUCAAUUCUUCAGAUAUUGAAAGUAAUAGAACAAUUUUGCACCUUGCAGCAACGAUAAAUAAUACAGACGUACUGAAGCUAUUGUUGCAUCAUUUCAACCACAUCGAUUCCACUGAUAUCCAUGGGAUGACAGCCACCUUUUUAGCGGCUGAGCACGGACUGGUAAAUAAUCUGGCUUUAAUGGUGAAUAGGGGAGCCAAUGUUAAUAUAAAAACAAAAACCCUUUCGUGGCUGGAUUUUGAAAGUUUCUAUGAUGUUCCCGAUCUGGUCAGGGAAUCGAAAUCGAAAUUCAGGGGGGCCACCAUGCUUCACGCUGCAGCUCAUGCAGGUCAUCUGAAUGUUGUCCACUUCCUUCUAAGCAACGGCGCAAUAAUUAAUACGGUGAACGAAGUCAACUUAACGGCUCUUCAGACGGCCGCAGAGAAAGGACAUGUGGAAGUUGUGAAAGCCUUACACAAGGCGGGUGGAGUUGCAGAUCAAACCGCUCUUCAUCAUGCAGCCAAAAACAACAAGUUAGACGUGGUAAAAUAUCUUUUAGAAAUCGGUGUUAAGGAUGAAUGCAUGAAGUGUGAUGGCUCUUUCUACUGGUUGAAUUCAUUGCACCGCCAAGUCCGAUUUAAAAGAUUUCGAUACGUUGAUAGUAUAAACAGAAUCAGAGAAGAGGAAAGCAUCCCACAAAAUGGUAUUACUUCGUAUGGCGAGCUAUUCGAUGACAAACAUUUAAUGUAUUGUGAAACUACGCUCCAUGCAGCAAUAUCUUCAGGCCAUAAUGAGGUGGUUAAAGAGCUUAUUUCUAGGGACAAGGGGGCGCUUGCAUGUCAGGAUUGUUCAGGAAGAACGCCCUUGCAAGAAGCAGUUCGUAGAAACAAAAAAGAUAUUGUGAAUUUUCUCCUGAAGGAAGAUCAGACAGAGAUUCACGCAACAUGCAAUCGUUUUCAAGAGAUGUCUAGCUUCUUCUUGCAAUUACUCGUGAGUCACAGCGAAUUAAAGGAAUAUAAAAAAGAUGUAUGCCACUGUGGAUAUUCAUCUCUACAUCUCGCAGCGAGAUAUGGCAACUGGGAAAUUGCAAGUAAUCUUCUAGAAAAUAACGCGGUGGUUGAGGCUAAAGACUGCUUUGGGGCGACCCCAAUGCACGUAGCCGCCUGCCAUAACCAAGCAGACAUGGUGGAUGUUCUUGUGAAGUUUGGUGCUGGUAUUAAUAGCAAAACGUAUAACGGAUCGACUCCUCUACAUAGUGCUGCGGUUUGUGGGGCUUCAGAGGUAAUUGACCGGCUACUUUACCACGGGGCGAUCCUAGAAGCAGCUGAUGACAGCGCCUUCACAGCAUUACAUUAUUGCAUCCUUUAUGUAAAUUCCACCCAAUUGAAUGACUACGUUUUCGAUAUCGAAACACGAAGCAUUACUGACCGUAGAGGUUAUCUUGCUAAGUUCUACCGUCAGCUCGUGAACAACCACAUUAAGAACACAAACUUCUAUGGAUGGUUAGAUGCUCUCAUAAACUUGAUCCUCCACGGCUCUAAUUUAAAUGCAGUUGAUUCACACGGCCGUACAGCAUUGCACUUGGCUGCAGCAAAUGGUUUGGCUGAUGCUGUUAAUGUCCUUCUGCAAAGAAAAGCGCAGAUUGAACUUCCUGAUGAGUCUGGUCAGACACCAUUAGUCGCAGCUAUCAAGAACGCUGCGGUCGCACCCAGAGAACGGAUCUUACACACUGGAAAGAGCAUGUUUGAGCUUCAAAAGCACUUGCGUGAUCACGAAAUGGUCGUGUAUCUUCUUCUCUCAUCUGGGGCGUUUUUGAAAGAUUGUAAUCAUUCUGGGGAAAGCUUGUUAAACAUUGCUAUUGAGAAAAAUCAGCUACUUAUUGUUCAGCUUUUGCUGUUGAAGGGAGCAAGCGUCAAAUGCGAAGAUAACCAAGGAAGGACACCUCUCUUAACUUACCUUCAUGGCGGCGGUUACUGGGUAGACGGUAUCCUAAAAGGCUUUGAUAUUUCAGUAGAUAUUGAGUUUGGAGAGCCAUUUAACAUCUCAGAGUUUCAUCUACUCUUUUAUAAACCUCCAACCCUGAAAGAGGAUAAUUUAUUUCAGCAAAUCUCUAGCGAUGAUUAUUCACUUUCUCGGAGAAAGGGGCCCAUAUUAAUAGCCAUUGAAAAUCAUCCUUUGAAAUACAGGGUAAUCGACUCAUGUUUAGAUGCCGAAGGAUUUACACCGCUACACAGAGCCGCACAAGGCGCAAACACACUCGCCGUUUCUAUCCUCACACAUCUGGGUGCAGAUCAGUCUUCACUAAGCCCACACGGAUACGAUGCUUUGACAUUGGCCCUACUCCAUGCUGGAAAUACGUCCUGGUUGUCUUUCGAUGAAGAGAGGGUUUACAGAGCCUCUCUUGUGGCGCUAGAUCUUCUUCACCAUAGAAUGGUAACAAGUGGCUACAAAAUUAUAUGUGAUUCUAGCAGAGCUGAGCUGACUCUCUACCAUUUAGCAGCCUCGCGAGGUCUGGUGCACUUCAUUCAAGAGAUCUUUAAAGAUAAGGAACUUCAUCAGUUAGAUGUCGAUUGUCCUAACAAAAACGGUAUCACCCCAAUGUAA